CUCCCAUGGCCUGCAAUACGACGGAACAGUGCACAGUCAUGGAGGCAAAUGCGACGUGUGCUGAUCACCUGUGCGUCUGCCCGUCCCUGCAGCCACUUGCCGAAGCUGGACACUGCGACACUAUCGAUUCCAGCCUGCCACUGGCACUUGGAACAAACUGCACCGACAACGCCCAAUGUUCGCACUUUGCGGCUUGCAUGCAAGGGCAGUGCAGUUGUCCCCCAAAUUACGAGCCAUCCGACGAGCGCCACUGCCACGCCGCUAGACUAGAUGCUCUAUCAAUGACAUCGUGGAUAGCUGUCUUGAUCCUGACUUCAGGAUUUCUUGUUAUGCUUUUGCUUGCAGUCUACGUCUUCAUGAUAGGACAAAGGCGUGCGGCGCACACAAGUAUCAUGAUGACGUACUGCCCGGCGAAUUCAUCUCGCCCACCCAGCCUGCUCCUGGUGCCGGCCACCAGCAUCGACACGGCGGCUGCACAAUACGACGACGGCCGCAUCAGCACGGGCUUCGGCACGGACAGGCAACAUCCGAUGAGAGAUUGGCCCUACCCUGGAGCAAGAGACUCGUGGCUGGAAGCCCUGGAUCUGCACGCGCAGGACGCACCGGAGGGAAGUGAGCCUCACUACUCGCUGAGUUUGCCGAUCAAUCCAUUCACGUUGCAAGGAAAUAGCGAAGAGAAGCGUUGUGCAAGCGAGUCACUCCUCCAAAGCCCCCACACGCCAACCCUGCCCUCAAGUCGGGAAUCCGGCAGCCACGAAAGCAGCGCAUCGGAAAAGGCGAAGAAGCGGGAGGGAAGCACGCACUCUUCGCGUCCGCACACCAGAAGGAAGCUGCGGUACUUGCGUCGCACAUCCAGCGUGGAGCGGCACUCUGUACCGGGUCCGAAAAAGGGACGCUCCGACGGUCCCCAGGCAGUAGCAGCGCUCCUGCAAUACACCACCUGCGAGACUCCUACAUCCGUGAGCAGCGGCAGCAGCUUCAGAGAGCAGCUGACCAUUUCCAGCGUGGCGUGGGGAAGCAUCGGCAACUCGCUCGACAGCCUGCUCUCGAUUCCCGUUGUGGCCAGAGUUCACACUCGCUCUCGGAUGACCGAAACCACGUCCGAAUCUAAAAAGGAGCUGUACCUAUCUGUCGAAAAGUUCUAAUCUUGGGGCAAAGGAAACGUGGAAGAGAGAUAAGAGCCAAAGUUCUUCUGAGAUUACUACUUAUGCACAGACAAACUCAUGAUUACACAACAUUUCUAUUCUGAAUGUUUCGCUAUUUAAAUAAAUGAUAAUAACCCUGGAGC